UAAAAGAUUGUGCGCGAGAGUACAAACUCGACGUUGGAGGGAGGGGGCGGGAGGGCGAGGCGUGACCAGGGCACCGUAAAUACUCGUUCACACGAGCGAGUCGACACAAUCCCUACUUCAGAUCAGAGAAACCAAUACUCCAUAACCAUAGUCCAAAACCAAAGCUAAAGCCAUGUGGAGAAGACUCUCUACACAGCUCCACCGCUUCUUCGCCGCCGCCGCCAACAUCUCUUCUCCCUGGCGGUCUCCGUCGCCGUUUCGGCCAUCCACCAUACUCUAUUCUCGCUCCGUCGCUUCCAAUUACGGUACAAAGGCAGCUGGAUCCUUUAACCACCAUGGGAUACAAUACUCAACUACUGUUCCAAAUGAUCCGGACAUACACAAGGACUUCAGACCCACUAAUAAGCUUGAGAGUUCUGGCCUUUCUUUGAAGGAUAUUGUAGAGCAGGAUGUCAAGGACAACCCAGUGAUGCUUUACAUGAAAGGGGUGCCUGAUCUUCCCCGAUGUGGAUUCAGCUCACUAUCUGUAAGAGUGUUGAAGGAAUAUAAUGUUCAUUUGAGUGCCAGAAACAUAUUGGAAGGUCCUGAGCUUAAGAAUGCUGCCAAAGCAUACAGGUAACUUGGUGCUUAGUAUUAUACUAUUUAGACCACUCAUUUAGCAUUGGUAUACAUCUACAGAGCAUUAAGAGCUUCUUGCUCAUAUACAAGGCACCCUCCCAUUGGCACUUCUUAGUAACACAAGAUGUACUCAAAUUACGGUGAUAAUUAACAUUUGUUGUACCUGAAUAUCCUUCACCUUGUGGUUGGCCUUACUGGCACCAUAUCAUCUCCAACUCAAACAAGGGAUUGUCGAGUGGCAAUCCGUACUGGUGCGUGUCAUCGUCCAAAAUAAACUAUUGGGGUUGUGAGUCUAGCUUAAGCAGGGGCAUAGAAACCACCAAGUAUGUUAUCUUGGCUAGCUAACAUGCUCAAUGCCUUAGCUUUUAGCCAUGGCACCACAAGAUGAACCAAGAUAGGGCAUCCCAAGGCGUGGCCAGAGCACCACAUAAUUGUGUCGAGAUUUCGAGGCAUCCCUGCUCGACUAACUGUGCUCGGUAGCAACAUGGCUCUGUAUCCCAUUUGGCUUGACUGAGGGGUCCUCUGCUAGACCGUGACCCUACUAUGUCUCGUCUCCUCUUUCUCUGUAAAGCUGUCUCCUACUGAUCAAGACAUCUCCAACACCAUCAUCCAAUACCUUGAUGACCUAAGUUCAGUGUUAGGCCUUGGGAUCUUUGCUUGGGGCAUCAUUGGAGGUAUGUGGCUUAGAGGCUAGAGUUAGGGAUUCAUUUUGGUGCCUUCCCAUCCCCAUACCUCGAGGGUGUUUGCACCUUGAUCAGUCUUAGAGAGACAGGUGCUCUAAUCAAGACAUGAUAUUUUGGAAAUUGUAUCAUAUGUAACAUUGAAGCCCCCCGUCAUGCCUACAUUGUUGCUCUUAUGAUACAAAUCUCGAGAUUUGAUCUUAGUAGGAAUGGCAACGGGCCGGGCCGGGGCCGGGGAUCACACUCCCCGUCCCUGAUCCCCGAAGAUACAAAUGUCCCCGUCCCCGCCUCCGAUCCCUGGCGGGGAACCCAUCACCGCCCCCGCCCCCUAACGGGGAUCGGGUUUCCCCGACCCUGAACAACCCCCGGCCAUUUUUUUUUUUUUUUUAGAAAACUGCUUUGAAGCUGGAGGAUAAAAAAGAAGAAGAUCAACAUGGAGAAAGAAAGAGAUCAACACCAACAGAUCAUCAUCAUCAUGUAUCAUCAUCAACAACAGAUAAAAAAAAAAAAAAAAAAAAAAAACACCAAAAAAAAAAAAAAA